ACUCAACGUCUCAACCCCCAUAGAUACAUGUAUCUUUCUCUCUCUCUCUUUAUAUAGACACCUAGAAACGGUGGCAGUAAAGAUGAUGCAAAACAAUGGGCAAUCCACUUCUUUCUAAUCCUAGUUUCACAAAACCAAAACCUCCUACAAAACCAGCUGCCCAGCCACUUGACCCACCCGAAUCUUCUAUAUCACCCCACGCUUCCACCUUCAUCUUCAUCUCUACCCAAAAUUACACCAAAUCUUAUCUUUUUCACAUUCUAAAUUCUGGGUCUUCUUCUUCACACCAUUUCAGUUCAAGGGUACAUCUCAAAAUCCAAUCUUUAUCAGUUGUUAGCUUCAUUUCUACCCAAAAUAACACCAAAUUUUCAAUCUUUUUUAGAUUCUAACUUCUGGGUCUACUUUUUCACCAUUUCAGUUUGUGGGUACAUCUCAAAAUCCAAUCUUUAUCAGUUGUUAGCUUCAUUUCUGCUCAAAAUAACACCAAAUUUUCAAUCUUUUUUAGAUUCUAAAUUCUGGGUUUUCAUUUUCACAUCAUUUCAGUUAUUGGGUUCAUCUCAAAAUUCAAUCUUGAUCAAAUCUUGAAAUCAUCCAUACCCAAAAUAACAACAAAUUAUCAAUCUUUUUCAGAUUCUAAAUUCUGGGUUUUCAUCCACACACCAUUUCAGUUGGUGGGUACUUCUCAAAAUUUAAUCUUGAUAAGUUCUCAAAUUUUGUUACAAAUUUUCAAUGGAAAAUAAUGGCAUGUUCUCUAACACAUUAGGGCUAGAAAUGUCACUAACCCACCACCACCAAACCCCCAACUUCCUCCACCAGCAACCACCGUACGCCGCCGCAGUGAAACCAGCCACCGACGAAGAAACCAACAAUCCGGCGACCACCGACGACAGCGGCGGAGAUGGGAAGUUAAGAAAAGGGUCACCUUGGCAAAGGAUGAAGUGGACGGAUAAUAUGGUGAGGUUGUUGAUUAUGGUGGUUUUUUACGUCGGAGAUGAGGCCGGGUCGGAGCAACCGCCGGCGGGUGACACGGCGGCGAGGAAGAAAGGCGGCGGAGGUGGCGGUGGUGGUGGGGUGAUGCAGAAAAAAGGGAAGUGGAAGUCGGUUUCUUUGGCUAUGAUGGAAAGAGGGUUUUAUGUUUCACCACAACAAUGUGAGGAUAAGUUUAAUGAUUUGAAUAAAAGAUAUAAAAGGGUUAAUGAUAUUUUGGGAAAAGGGACUGCUUGUAAAGUUGUGGAGAAUCAAAGUUUGCUUGAAUCAAUGGAUCAUAUACCGGUUAAGUUGAAGGAAGAAGUGAAGAAGUUGUUGAAUUCUAAGCAUCUUUUCUUUAGGGAAAUGUGUGCUUAUCAUAAUAGUUGUGGUGGUGGUAGUGGUGGAGGUGGUGGUGGUGGUGGGGGUGGUGUGGGACAUCAUCCUUCGCCGCCGGAAGUCGGGACGGUGGAACGACAACAUUCGCACCAUAGACCGAAUUGUGUGCAUUCGAAUGAAGAUGAGGACGAAGAGGAGGAUGAUGAGGGGGAUGAUGAAAACGAAGAGGAUGGUGAUCGAGAAGAGGAGGAAGAUGACGGUUUAAGCACCCGAAAACGAGCUAGAGCGAUGGAGAACGGCGAUGUGAUCCGCCAAUUUAGUGGCGAGUUGAGUUCGGUGGUUCAAGAUUUAACAAAGAGUGUGUGGGAGAAGAGGCAAUGGAUGAAGGUGAGGAUGAUGCAAUUGGAGGAACAAAGAGUGGGGUUUCAAGGUGAAUCAUAUGAGUUGGAGAAAAGAAGAUCAAAGUGGUUGAAAUUUAGUUAUAGUAAAGAAAGAGAGAUGGAGAUUGAGAAGUUGAAGAAUGAAAGAAUGAAGCUUGAGAAUGAAAGAAUGGUGCUUUUGUUGAGGCAAAAAGAAAUGGAGUUGGUUGAUCAUCAACAACAACAAUAUUCAUCAAAUGUUCAUAAAAGGACUAGUGAUCCAUCAUCCAUAAAUGGCUGAUUUUCUUUCUUUUCAUGUUUAUGUGUAUAUACAAGUUGUUUUAGACAUAGGUUUGUUUUCUGUUAUUUGUUAAAUUUCAUUCAGUUUUGUUUCUUAUGGAUAUAUAACUUUUAAGGGAUAAAUUUGUUGGCUAA